AUGAUUAUCAGAGUCGAUAAAUGUAGUACUUUUGGCAUCAAGAAAGCCAUCACAAAAUCAGUCCAAUAUUUGCCGAAACUCCUCAUCAACAAUAAUCUGAUACCAACAAUAAAGAUUGGAGAAGCAUUUCAAUAUUUAGGACGUUACUUUGAUUUUAACAUGUCGAACAAUAACCAUAAGACUGAACUAACCACUCUCGCUAAUGAACUAAUGACUGAUAUUGACUCGAAGCCACUCCACCCAAGAAAUAAGCUUCUCGUAUACAGUCGUUAUGUCUUAUCCAAAAUAUCGUGGCAUUUCACCAUCGCAACACUUUCCAAAACAUGGGUUAUUGAAAAUAUUGAUCCCGUAGCCAACCAAUACAUCCGUAAAUGGCUUGAAAUUCCAAUCUCAGGAACACUAUAAGUACUGUUUUUCUAACUCGCAACAAAUUUGGUCAAAGUAUCCUCCAUCGGUGAAAUUUAUCCAAUGCCAAACAAUUCUUCGAAAAGCUUUAAAACUUUCUCCAAAUCAAUCAAUCAACGAACUGUGGAAAUCCACUAAUACUUAUACUAAUAUCCAAUACGACUUUUAUAACUCAACCAAAGAAGUGCUUAAAGACUUUCGGUCUGAACAUGAAGAUAAACUCCAAAAUCAAUUAACUUGUCAGGGAUCCUUUUUCUCUAGUAUAACAAAGUUCUCCUUGUCGCAUCUUAGCAAAGUGUGGUCUACUGCUCAAUCAAAACUUCCGAAAAACAUUUAUAAUUUUACCAUCACGCUAUAUCAAUAACUCUCUUCCGACACGCAAGAACCUUAGCAGAUGGGGAUUGUCUUCAAGUUCAGAAUGCUCCUUUUGUCUUGGCCCAGAAUCAUUAUUGCACGUGGUCGCUGGAUGUCAGUGUUAUCUCGAUCGAUUUACGUGGAGGCACAAUUCAAUCCUGAACUUCGUUGCCAAUACCUUGCAAUCUGUGAACGGUUCUGCCCUCUACGCUGAUGUGCCUGGAUUCAAAAGUCCGUCAAUAAUAACUGGUGAUACGUAUUGCCCGGAUUUGUUGCUGUCGUUAUCAAAUGGCUCUCUUUAUGUGGUCGAGCUCACUGUUGGCUAUGAGACAAACCUCGAGAACAACGUUAAUCGGAAAAAAGCCAAAUAUAAAGAACUAGUAAAACAACUAGACAAACAUUUUAACGAAGUAAGCUUUAUAAAUCUUUCCAUGAGCUCCCUAGGUAUUUUUGCGCAAGAAUGCUCUACAUUCUUAGAAAUGUUAGGAAAUGUUGGUCAGGACAAAAACUACCAAACGUACUGUGUUAGGAAAAUGAUCAGUGACUAUUGCCAUUCGAAGUACAUACUAUAUUUUCUGCUGUCGAAAUAAGGAAUGGGAAAGUCCGGACUUGUUAACUAUUUGAAAUAUCUGAUUGUCUGGUAUAUUUAUAUAUUUUCAUGUAUUCUGUCCCGUCAUUUUUAGUAGUUCAUAUAGUUGUGAUUCAAAUAGCCAAUUGUAAGUUACCUUAAAUUAGUGAGAUUUACAAUUGUAUAUAUAUAGUAUAUAACAAAAUUAUUAAAGUUUCCAUUAUUAUUAUUAUUAUUAUUAUUAUUAUUAUUAUUAUUAUAAAAACGUUUCAAAUUAUAUAUUUUUUAUCACACCUUUUGUGGCCUCACAAGGGCAAAUUUUGGGGCCCCCUUUAACUGGGGGCCCAGGCAAAUUUCCUCUUUGAACCCCCGCCCCCCUGAGAGGCCCUGAGUAGACCAAGGGAUCCUGCAGUUUGUGUAAAUUCUUUUAUAGAAAUUAUUUGCACUUUCUACAUUUUGAAACAUUUUGCACAAAUUUCCAUAAUUGCAAGAAUUUUUGCGCAGGAAAUCCAAAAGCUGAUUUUCCCCGUGGGCCCUCCUCAUAAAUUAUGCAUAAAUGUAGGAAGUAGAUUUCCCGGAAGUUCAUGUUCAUUAAACAUGGAUGACAUGGAUGGCCAUUGCAGUUUAGACAAAGGCGAAGUGUUUCAAGGUUAUGAUUGUUUACUUAACUUUGUUAAUGAAAAAUCAGAUAAAUUUUACCGUAUUCAAGUGUUGAAAAAUGACAAAGGAUUUCAUGUUUGGACAAGAUGGGGGAGAAAUGUAAGUGUCGUUUUAUAUAUAAUUCUAAUAUUAUUAAUUUCCACUUGUAACAAUAAUUUACUGGGCUUUGCAAUUUUAAGUCUGCAUUGUAGAUUGUCAGGGUUUCUUUCAGGAUUUUCUCUUGGGUCCGUUUUUGCAGACAAGAUUGAGUUUAGCUGAACAACUAGGGGUCUGGGGAGGCUGUCUCCCCCCCCCCCCCCCCCCCCUACCAGGAGGCUGAUACCUGUGCCUACUUUAGUGUAGUUGAGAUACAAUGUGUUGAAGCAGGGGCACUAAGGGACACUAUAAACUGGUUAAUUAAAGACACAACAAAUGCGUUGUUUUUCUUGUGUUGUGAAAUGAUUUCCAGUCAUUUUUUAACUUAAUUUUCGGGUUUUCAACUGAUAACUAAUUUGCCCACGUCAUGAAUUUAACUCAAACAACUUCAUUUUACUGCACAGAAUCUUUUAAUGAGAGGAUUGAGUUUCAAAACUCAAUUCAAGAUUGAGUUUUUGGGGCCGUUUUACAGUCCUAAAAAUUCCCUGAAAAAAACCCUGAUUGUAUAAAAUUAAUUGUCGUGCGUGUUAAAAUGUUACAGUAAUAUAGUAGUUUAUUUAUUUACUUUGUUAUAUUUAUAUAUUUAAGCAUUUCUUUGUCAGUGCUCAUAUACUUUACUUGAAAAUCGACCUACAUCUCUUAGACCUCAAAGGCCUGUAUAUGAAAGCCAGGCUGAUCGACCCGCUAAGCGAGACAGCCCAGUAAUAUAAACACUCGCAAGUGGGCUAGCCCAGUUGUUGGGAUGAAAGUUCAUAGAUACUGCCGCAAGCCAUUUUUAGCAACUGUCAAAACAUUAUGUCAAAAUAACAAAAUUUUCUCGUAUAAACUCAAGAGAAAUUCAUCCCGCUUACCAGGCUAUAUUGCUAAGCCGGGUUGGAGAUAUUACACCCCACCCCCUCACACACAGUCGCUAUGGACCUGCCUAAAUAGUUAUUGUGUAAGGAUGAACAUUUACUGAUAACAGGCAUGCCCAUGCAUACAGCAAGAGCCAGCCACUGGGCCCCACUGAAAUAUGAUAUUUGGGGACUUUUCCUGCAAUUUUUGAUUUCAUCCAAAAUUUUGAAAUAAUGAUACUUUACCUGUUGACAAGUCAAAUUGUCUAGUGUUGGCCGUAUUACAGUCAGAUGCAAUGCCAUUUAAAAGGCUAAUUUACCCUGUAAUCCAUUAUAUUGCAUGCUAAAAAAUAAUCACGCUAUUAUAUAUGUACCCUACUUUAUUAUUUUACUCUCAUGCAGUCUAACACCAGAUGAUUUUACUAAUCAAGGGGUGAGUACUGGUGCUUAAUAUGGGCUAACAAAAGUCACAUAGGUAAUAUGAUUAAGCUGGCAUUGAGUGCUGGCACUUUCCUCUUGUCCUCUUGAUGAGUAAAAUUGUCUGGUGUUAGACAAAGUAAAAUAACAUUAACAGCACAUUAGGCCUGAAUGCCAUAUGACUUAUUAAAACCUUCCAAAAUUAUUAGGGAACUGAUGGGCGAAGUAAGCUAGAAGGUCCAAUCAGCCAAGAAGAUGCUAAGAAAAAUUUCAAAAAGAAAUUUCAAGAGAAAACAAAAAAUAGUUGGGAUGAACGUCAGCAAUUCUCUCCAGUGAAAGGGAAGUAUUCACUAGUAGUUGAGCAGACUGACUCUUCUAAGAGUAGCCAGGUGACUGACAGUCAGGUAAGAAUUGGAAAAUUGUAUAAAUUCAGCAAAUUUUUGUGUCAAAUUCCAUAUGUAUUGAACGACCUCACAUUAUCAAUUUCAAGUCACUUUUCAAAGCGUGGUUCCCAAGUUCUGUGUGAAUAUGCACAAUUACAUUUCUAUAAAUUUAGAUUAUAUUUCAGUCGUCAGAGCACUGAACUAAAGAUUUUUGAUUUUGCAAGGAUUUGACAGCUUGAUGUGACAAAGUGAUGAGGUGGGGGGGGGGGGCAAGCAAAAAAAAAAAUCGAGCAGAGAAAACAGAAAAAAAAUUUGUGCACCAGAAAUGUUUGAAAAAAAAAUUUGUGCAGAGACUUUCCAAUAGGGAAAAUUAUAAGUUGACCGGGCCUAUCAGAGGUACAGUGUAAGGGUGUCCCUCAGAUUUGGAAAAUAAGCAUUGGAAAAUAAGAGUAUACUAUGAAACAAUAGAAAGAUGCCAGAAGUGGCAAAAUACUAAUGAGACUAGUUCCCAUGCAUAGUGCUCACCCAGUGUUGCCUAAAUUACUUUGAAUUUCUACUCGAGUAAAAGUAAAAGUAGAAGUAACAAUAAAACGACCUGAGUAAGAGUAAAAAGUACUGGAAGCAAAACGUACUUAAGCAAAAAGUACAAAGUAUCCUUAGAAAAUACUUGAAGUACAAAGUGAAAGUACAAGUACUAUUGUCUGUAGCAUGUACAGGUGGGGGGGGGGACUUCUCCAAUGGAUUGACAUACAAUAGACACAAAACAGCAUACACAUUAUAUGCGUGCACAAUAAUAUACACUAUUUCACGGCAUGGUCUACUUUCCAGACCCCGUUGAAGAUAUAAGAAAUCCAAAAGUUAGAAAGUAACCAAAUACUUCGCCACAAAAUGAAAAUAGCGAAGUAAAACGUCACUUCUUAAAACGACUCAUUCCAAGUAAAAGUACUCCAGAAAAAGUUUACUUUGUUACAUGCUGACUUCUCAAAAAUAAUACUCAAGUACAGUAUCGAAGUACAUUUACUUCGUUACUUGACAUCACUGUGCUCACCACAUGCUAGAUGAGAUAGUUAGGAGAGCAAGAAAAAUAUAGAGUGGAAGAGUGGAAAGUGAAUGAGAAGCUAGGAGCACAGGCAGAAGGUGAAGAUGGAGAGAAGUGA